UUGGUGCAGCUCAGCUCGCAAGCCAGUGCUCGCUUAGCUGUGGCGUGUUGCUGAACACCGCAUAUUAAAAGUUGAACUAGAAUGUUGUUUUUGAAAAAACUCCAUUACUCUAAUUAUAACUAAAAAAAAAUAAUAAAAAGAAAUAUAUUUUUUACCACGCGAUCAAAUCACUGCGGUUGAAAGAUUCGUUCACGGUUCAAUGACUUAAUACCACCUGUAUCGCGUGCCGCUGCCAUAACAUAUAUAUUGUACAUACAUACUUCCAGCCAGUUUAAGCGAUAAAACUGCACCGCAACGCUUAGAGGCCGCUCAGUAAGAAUAUUGUGCAAACUGAUUUAAAUUGUUAAUCAUAUGAAAAUCGGAAAUGCAUUUCAAACAUUCUAAAUCACGACCAAGUGAACAUUACAAGAUGCUGCUGCUGCUGUGGAGCGUAUUUGCCGCCCUGCUUGGAUUGACCACAGCUCAAAUGGAGGUAGGUGAUCAAUGUCAGAAUACAAAUUAUAGAGGUAUCUGCACUGAGGCAAGCAGAUGUACGGAUCUGCCGUAUGCUAUGGCUCAGCUGAGCCUGAAAAGACGUGAUAUAAGCCGAUGUGGAUUCACAAUAUUCGAGGAAAUUAUCUGUUGUCCAUCCCUUUCCGUUCCCACAACAACCAUAAAAACACGAUCCGAUGAUCGUCCAGCUGUAAAAGCCUGCAUUGAAAUCGAUGAACAAUUGCAGCCGCUGCUUACACCACACAUUCUAGGCGGUACACCGGUAGAAUUAGGUGAAUAUCCACAUAUGGUGGCCAUUGGACUGACUGACACAGAUGGUGCUGUGGAAUAUAAUUGCGGUGGUACUUUGAUUGGAAAGCGCUAUGUUUUAACUGCGGCCCAUUGUUUAGUCACGCGACAAAUACCGGUUAUGGUGCGUAUGGGUGUGGUGAAUUUCACGGAUACCGAACAAAUGAAGGCGGCGGUUGAAAUCAAAAUUAAGAAAGUUCACAUACAUCCGGACUACACGAGCGCUAAUGUUUAUAACGAUGUGGGCUUGCUGGAAUUGGAGGACGAAGUUACUUAUAGCAACAAUGUAUUCCCGACAUGCCUUUACACCGAUCCAGAUGAUCCGCCAGCCAAUUCUCCGCUCUUUGUUACCGGCUGGGGUGUCAUCAAUAGAAGCACGCGUGAAAAAUCGAAUGUUUUAUUGAAGGCCCGUCAGACGAUCGUUGACAACUCGAAAUGUAAUGAAAGCUACGUAGACAACGGCUUGACGCGUCGUAAUAGAGAGGGUAUCAUCGCCAGUCAGUUGUGCGCACAUGACCCGGGUCUAACAAAGGAUGCAUGUCAGGGUGACUCGGGCGGUCCGUUGAAUUUGGUGGUCGACGAGGCUUUGAAUAAAUACCGUGUAGUUGGUGUAAUUUCAGCUGGCUUCAGUUGUGGCAGUUCCACUCCUGGUCUGUACAGUCGUGUGUCUUCCUUUUUGGACUGGAUCGAGAGCAUCGUUUGGCCCAGUGGAUAGACUUGCCGUUAUUUUACGCUUUAUCUUCGCGGAAGUGAUAAUUCUGAAACAUGAAACCACCAUAUUGCCAUACUUUCUCUAAAACGAGUUUAGGGGAAAAUAAUUAAAUUAAGUAAUGCUUGAAUUAAUAUUAUACUAUUUAUGGGCCCAAAGUAAUAAUUUUAAUAAAGAAACACAAAAUUCAGUUAUCCAAAA